AUGAUUGAAGAUCAUGAUAAGGAAAAUAAGUUGGAAUUACAAGAUGUCACUCCAGAAGAAUAUAAACAAGAUGAAAAGGAAGAAAAUGAAAAUUCUCCUCGAAAAAUGAUUAACUUUAUGUUUGGAACAGUUUUCUCAUUUAUUGUUGGUAUAUAUGCGGGCUUAAAAUCAAGAGAAAUCUUUGAAUGUGCAGUAUAUUGCGCAAUGUUUGCAUCAGAAGCUAUUUUAUGCGAAACAGUUUCGAAAAAUGUUCUAAAAUACAGUUUUAAAACAGCAUUGCAUCGCUUUGCCUUACUCUUUACAAUAACUUCUUUAUGCAGUAUAGUAAGUGGUGUAUUAAAACGAAUUUUUGGUCCAAAAUAUUAG